AGGAAGUUUCAGAAACAAUUUGCCACAACAUGAACGCUUGGACCCCUCUAACCACACACACGUCUCUUCUCAAGGUAAACGGCUAUGCCUCAAAAGAAAACAAGAAUAAAGAUAUUGAUCCAGGCAAAGGCUUAUCUACACACAGCCACCUCAAAUAAACCCCAAAUUUAAUGUAACAUGUUCUGUCACUCCCUUAGCUGGGUUGUGUUGUAGUGAAGCCUGGCCUGGGCUCUAUAAAUAGCAGCCAAAGGAAAGUCCUCUAGAACAUCACUAACCAGUUCUUCUCUGUUCUUUCCCUUUAGAAAUGAAGUCCAAAGGUUUUCUGCUUGUGUGUCUUCUGCUUGUGUCUGCUUUGGUGGUGUCGUGGGCUAUAGAAGCUCACACAAGCGAAGAUGAGCAACAAGAGAAUGUAGCCCAGGAGGUUGAAGAGGCUAAACAUGGGCAUGGUGGCGGCGGUUAUGGAGGCGGUGGGUCUGGCGGCGGCGGUCAAGGUGGAAGUGGGUCUGGUGGCGGCGGUCAUGGCGGAGGUGGGUCUGGUGGCGGUGGUCAAGGCGGAGGUGGUUAUGGUGGCGGUGGGUCUGGUGGUAGUGGAUCUGGCGGUGGCGGCAAAGGAGGAGGUGGAUCUGGUGGUAGUGGAUCUGGCGGUGGCGGUAAAGGGGGAGGUGGAUAUGGCGGUGGAGGGUCUGGCGGAGGAGGGAAAGGAGGCGGUGGCAGUGGCGGAGGUGGGAAAGGAGGCGGUGGCAGUGGCAGUGGCGGAGGAGGGAAAGGAGGUGGUGGAUACGGCGGAGGUGGAAAAGGAGGCGGUGGGAGUGGCAGUGGAGGAGGAGGGAAAGGCGGAGGAGGGAAAGGAGGCGGGGGAUACGGCGGAGGAGGAGGAGGAGGAGGUGGAGGGUACGGAGGAGGAGGAGGAGGUUAUGAAGAGAGUGAGUAUACAAGAGGAGGACGAGGAGGGUGGAAGGGAGGAGGUGGAGGAAAAGGCGGCGGCGGCGGAAAAGGUGGCGGCGGCGGAAAGUGAGGGAAUAGAUAAGAAGUAAAUGGAGUGUUUAAAUAACUUUUAAGAUAAAUAUAUAAAUAUAUAAUAAUAAUGAAUAAUAAUAAAUAAUAAUAAUAAUAAUGGGUUUAGGGUUUAAGAAGGAAGACGACGACCAUACUGAAAUUGUAUACACUUCAGAAGCAGAAGCAAGCUGUGCGUUAUCCCAUAAAUGUAUGCCUGUAUGGCUCAGUGGCAGUUCUGUAAUUUCAACCUAAUAACUAUUACUAUUACUAUGUAUAAAUAUUAAUACUAUUAUGGUGUUUAAACUUUUA